AUGGUGCACUUUGGGGCGUAUUUAUUUCAGCUACUACACUAUUUUCUCAUCUCAAGUGGUAUGCUUAAGAAGUACAGGGUUCUCCCGUUACAUAAACUCCAAUGUCUAGCCAUUGUUGUAGACAGUGGAGAAGCUGUAGAUACUUUGAGAAUAAGAAAUCUCUUGCGCUGGUUGUCAAGUAUCGGUGUAAAGAAUGUCAUCCUUUAUGAUAUGGAAGGUAAGUCUCAACUCUGAACCCAGAAUUGACUUCCCCUAUAGACGAAUACUCUUAGGGGUUGCAUAUUAGAUUCUGUUCUUCUAAAUAAGAAAAAGCUGGACUGCAAGCAAUUCUGAUGUCUGAAGUAAAGUUAUUUUUUGUUCUUUCCCUCUUGUAUUUUGACCAAUAACGAGUUAUAUAUCAUGUUUCAGGUGUCUUGAAGAGAUCUGAAUCCAGUCUGAGGAGGUGGCUCGAUUUAACUUUGACUUUCUAUGUAGGUUUUAUAUAAAAGCAUCUACUUCUUCCACUUUUACAUAUGACAUUCAUCUGAUUUGCAUGGUGUUUCUACGUUCGGGGCAAUGAUAUGCAGGAUUCGAGUCCACUACCUAAUCAAGAUAAGAUGUCACUGGAAUUUCUUUCGUACUCUGAUGGGAAAGAAGCUAUUGCGAAAGCAGCAAGUUUCCUAUGCUCGAAAUAUUUGGAAGAUAAUAAUCUGAUGGGAGAAACCAGAGAGCCAGUCCUUUCAGAAUCUGAUAUAGCUGAGGCUUUAAGAAUAGUGGGUUAGUGUUCACCAUGUUUCUUUUCCCUUCCGUUGCUGCCAUUUUUAUCCCUUUCACUUCACACGUUAUCCAUAAGGCUGAAUUUCUUUAACUUAUUGACUGAGUUUCUUGCCUCUGUAGGUUGUAGCGGGCCAGAACCUGAACUUCUUCUGGUGUUUUCACCAAUAAGGUGUCACUUAGGAUUUCCCGCAUGGAGGAUGCGAUACACUGAAAUUGUGUAGGUGUCUUCUUCUUUUAUCCAAGUUAGGAUCUGCUCCCUUCCCCAGAAAAUAUAAAAAAAUGUGUAGAAUAUGCUCUGAUUCUUCCUUUCCCUUGGAGUUGACAAGAUCCAUUGUGUUCAUGAAAGACUGUCACUUCUGGUGAAAAGCAAAAACGGACAAUUUAUGUCGGUGAAGAGUGCCAUGAAUUGUCCCCAAGCUCAUUUAUAAAUGUACGAGAUAUGCAUAAGCAUCGAUAGAUUCAUCCAAACAGAAUUUCAACUUUUUCCUACUAAUUUGUGGAACCUGGAGUAUUUAACUAAUAACGUUUACCUUCUUUCAAAUUAAUAUCAUGUUUGUAGAUAAAUGUAAGUCUCCUUCGGAGUUUUACAAUGUACAUAUUUACUGAGAAUAAGUUAAAGACAGCAGAAGAUGGAAAAACUUGAUGAUAAAGUGAGGACGGACCCCUGUGGACUGCCAUUUUUCUAUUCGAGCUACUGGAAAAUUGUGGUGUGGGUAGGAGAUUGGGUCUUCAUAAUGAGUUCUUUCCCUCUCUUCACCCACUGAGGAAGUCCGUUUAGGUAUGAAUGCGGCCAGUAUUGGGCUUAGUCAUCACUGUAGUGCGCUUAUCAUCUUCUGAACGAACAGUGUUACUCUCUGAACUACGGAAGACAGGCCUUGCUCUUUGUUCUGGAUAAAGAUUUGACUUCAAGUAUUUUCAUGGCCACAUGUUGAGUUCUUUCAUGUAAAUGAUUGAAGAAACGAAAGCAUUCUCUGAAUUACAGACGACAAUGUUUUGCUGCUUCUUUUGGAUAAAACUAUGAAAAUAUUACUUUUCUGGUCAUGUUUAGAGUUGUUUCAUCAAACUGAUUGUUCGGUCUGAUCCCGUUGCAGACAUAUGGGUCCAUUGAAGUCAAUGAACUAUGGGGCUGUCAUAAAAGCGAUCUAUGAUCUGUCAAAGAAACAACAGAACCAUGGUAUGCUCUUGAAUUUGCCACCUGGGGUCUCUAUUAUCAUAUUGCCAACAUAG